AUGCCCAAGUCCACUCGCGCUAGAAAAAUCAAACGUAGUCGCAGCUCCUACAAGUGCACCUGUUGGAGAUUUUGUCGAGCACCUCCCGAUGGAAAGGUUGUUUCGAAAACUACGUAUCAUAGCCAUAAAGAACAGAGAGAACUGGAGAAAGGAGUGAGAUUAGAAGACCUUGAGAACAGGAGAAGCAGGCAGAAAUCCACGAUUGCUCGGUCCCGUUGGCAGGAGGAAAAACGAGAGGUGGACAAGGUACGCAGAGCACGGAAUGUAAAGAUUUCUCUGGUUGGACAAAUUCGUUAUGCGGAAGUACUCUACUAUUUCAAUGUUAUUAAGGAGAAUACCCGAUUUACCCUUGCAGUCAUCACCACAUUCUCACCUCCAAAUGCCGAAAUCCUUCAGAAAUCUUUCAAAACUCUCAAGGUGUGCUCGGAGGGAGAUAGCGUCACGAUUAUUGAUGCAAAAUGGAUCAUUGAAGUUGUUGGUAUGAUUCCCUUCCAACAACCAGGUUUGGCAUGGGACAAUAAGGAAGAGGCAGACCAAUACUUUGUACUCGAAAAAUUGUAUUCUAAUGUCGUUGUCCAUGCCGAAGAUGACGAGGAGGAAAUUUAA